GUGGGGUGCAGCUCAGUGUAGACCUCAGCCUGAGAACGUUUGGCAGAGACCUUGCACAUUCCAUGGGGCUUAUGGGUAAAAAAAAAGAGUGACGGGAAAAACAAAGUGAUGAUGAGGAGCAGGACAAUUUCACUGAAUCAGGAUGUGACUCAUUGAAAAACCAGAGCUGGAACCGGUGAUUCAACUAGGUGAUGAGGAGAACAAAACAGAUAAAACGGGAUAAAAGAUAACAGGGAUUCAACCCAUUUUCUCUUUGUGUUCUUAGACAACGCAGUCGCAGAGGGAACAAUGGGCCUCUCGGUUGUUCUUCACCUCCUGCUGCUCCUCAGUACCCUCACCGCUGGCCUCUCUGCAUGUCCUGAGGGCUGCCAAUGCACUGCCAAAACGACCUGCUCCGAAUUGUCAACCUUCCCCACUGCAGUGCCACCAUCCACCAUGGCUCUCAUCAUCACCAACUCCAGUCUCCCGUCCCUUCGAGGGGGAGACUUUGCGGGCUUCGCCGAUUCCCUUCGCGCCAUCGCAGUGAAAGACUCUGUGUUGGGAGCAGUGCAACCCGGUACGUUUGAUUCCACCUUCAACCUGGAGGCAGUAGUUUUCACCGAUACCGACUUACAAGAUCUCCCCGAGGCCUUGUUCCAACACCUCCCGCGUUUACAAUCUCUGAUCUUACAUGGCAACCGGCUCCUGGAGCUCCAUCCGAGCUGGUUCGCCUCCCUGUCGUCUCUGGCGGCUCUUGACCUCAGCGGGAACCAGCUUUCUUCCAUUCCCAAGGAGACAUUUCGACCGCUGGCUCAGCUGAAGUUCCUCAUACUAAGCGGGAACAAUAUCAGUGAGAUUUCCGGGAAGAACCUGCAAGGCCUUAGUCAGCUGAAAAGCUUACGCCUGAACAAAAACGCCCUGCGGGAGAUUCCCGCCGGCUUCCUGGACGACCUCGCCAGCCUGGAAGAGUUGGCCCUGCAGGACAAUCUGCUCACUCACCUUCCACGUGACAUGUUCUCCAGAACACCCAACCUCAAAAAGCUCUUUCUGUCGCACAACCAGCUCACCACCCUUUCAGAGGGGCUCUUUCUGAACCUGCCACAUUUGUCCCACAUCUCCUUGUACGAAAACCACCUGGAAACUCUGGGCCCCGGCGUGUUCGGACCCAUGCCGUUGAAUCAGCUGUGGCUCUACGACAACAAGUUGAGCCGCCUUGAAGCCAACACCUUCAGCAACCUGACCCAACUGCAUCUGCUGGUCCUUAGCCGCAACCAGAUUAGCCACGUGUCCCCUGGGGCGUUCAGCGGCCUGGAGCAACUGGCCGAGGUGUCCCUGCACACCAACCGCCUCACAACGUUGGAGGCUGCCACUUUCCAAGGUCUGCCCGGUUUGGUCAACAUUUCGUUGGAGCACAACACCAUCAGCUCCCUCCCUGCGGGGUUCCUCCGGGGAAUCGGACAUCUUGGUCAGGUGGACCUGCACAAUAACUCCCUCUACAACCUGCCCCUGGAGGUCCUGGAUGACUUGAGGGUGGCGGACGAGGUGCUCCUGCAUCACAACCCUUGGACAUGCGACCAGGACAUUGUGCCCCUCAGGGACUGGUUGAGGAGGUACCCGUCGAAAGCAAAUCACAGCCUUGUCGUGUGUAACACACCCUUCAAACUUAGCGGCGAGAAGAUCGAUGGGCUCGUGGAUGAGGACCUGCUUGUUCGGAGGCCCACCGAUGGGCCUGCAACAGAAAAAAGUACAAAGGCUGAAACUCUUUCCCAGGAGAAAAGCACAGCCACCGCUGCAACGGUCGAAACCCUGAUCACCUCAGGGAACGGGAUGAACUCGACUGAUGGACCAGGGAAGGAAGUGCAAGGGCUCGUGUCCAGGAAACACACCAUCAUAAUAAUCGCGGUCGUGUGCACCGCUGUAAUCUGCAGUCUCAUCGCCUGCCUGGUGUGUUACAGGAGGAGCAAAAAGAGAGACAGCCGCAAUCUGGGGCAAAGAAAUAAGUCCAACAUGUACUCGCUGUAGACUAGACCACCCGAGAUCGUCUACCACCACGACGUAUGAGAGCCAAGGGAGUCAAUCCAUCUGCUGAGUACAGCAGUGAAGGAUCAUUAGCAGCGUGGUCACCUAGGAAAUUGUAGGUGCCAGAGUUUUCAGGCUGUGAUAACCCUAAUUGACUACGUCUUCUUAGUGGCAUUGAUGUACUUGCAGCUGAGCGCAGGAUCAGAUGAAAUAGUCAACUUGAAGACAUAGUCAAUGUUAACACUUCUUGUGUUAAGGUAAAUUCCUGUCAGCUGAUAUAAUAAACUUGAGUUUAAAUGCUUUCUAAACUGUAAUAAAAAAAAAAAAAUCAAGCAAAUUGCAUUAAUUAUAAUAAAAUCUAUUUUUAUUUAAUAGCAAAUGCUUCAAUAUUUUCAUACAAGAUUAGAAUCAUGCAUUUCGCUGUAUAAAAGUCCUUGUUCUAAUGGAAUUAUUUUUUAAAUGAUCUUGAAUAUGUUAAUACAUUUAAUUGGUAUGAAUAACAGCCUCUUUUGCAAAAUAAUCUUCCUAUUCUAUUUUUUUUUUUUUUUUACUGUAUAUGGUUGUCAGGCCUAUGAUCUAUUCUCAGGAAUGCAUCACAGUUUACCCCUCCCUUUCACAUGUGUUCAACAGGGCAACUUUAUGUGAAUAAUACAAAUUCCAGUCAGACGUUUCGUUUAUCAUAUAAACUGUUCCAACAAACAUUUACCUAAAAAGUUCAGCGUUCAUAACAGAGUAAGUGCACAGCAACUCUCCGUCAGAGACUGAAUUCCAAAAGAGUUCUCGUACCAGGUAGGGCUUGCUGCCCUGCCUUGUUGAUGUGUGGAGGGGUGAGCAAUGGAGCAUGCUCUGCUCAGUAGACUCCGGGCAGUGCCCUGGUUGUGUACUGUAUACAUAGUACGACAUCGUCAGACCACAGCCUUCCAUCUCAUAUCAGGCAAUACAACUUCAGAUCUGGUGUCACCAAAAUGAUGACUUUGUAUGAUGGCUGCCUGAAUAUCUUGAUAUCGAUACCGAAACGAUACCCACUGCAAAGAACCUAAAACAUCAGAAGCCAUUUGUGUUCAGUUUACUUUAUUUGCCUACUGUAGUGUGCAGGCUAAUAAUUCUGGUUUUGAGAUCAUCAUAGAAAUUAUUUUCAUGCUCAAUAAAAUUGGAGUUCAUGGCUGAUAAGUGCUUUAUUUUGG